UUCAUUGAUUUAAUUUUUUUGUAUAUUUAACUUAACUAUUAAAUUAUCCAGUCAUUAGUCAUGGAGCAUAACAUUAAUGAAGAAUCUAGUGAUAAAAAACUACUUAAUAAAGCGAAAUCUCAGUGCAUAGGACAAUCUAAAAAAGUCGCAUGCGAGCCCGCUAAACAUAAAUCAUUUAAUUCGAACGAAGCGGUUAGAUCACUGGACGUGGCGUUAGCAAGGUUGAAGAAAAGUAAACUAGUAAAUGGCGAAUGCAUAACAAAUACAAGCCAGGCGAAACCAGCAAUACUACAAGUGAUAUAUUUUCUAGCCUUUCCGAUAUUACUUCAAGAGAUUAUCAGUUGGAGAAAUAUUUUCGGAGUGCAGAAAUAUGGAGUAGAAAACGUAAAGAUGGCGGGCCAAGCAUUUUUAAAGACGAUCUGUAUGAUAAAUAAUAAAAAGUUCGAAUAGUAUAGAAGUAAUGUAAUAACGUAAUGAGUGGUAAAAUAAAACUUUGGC